AUGAACUUUGCGAGCGAUGGAAGCCUCUACAACAUGCUGCGUAGAUACACCAAGUUUAAGGUUGAUCAAGCGAAACAGUACCUGCGGGAUGUCUUGAAAGGACUGGCUUAUUUGCAUCGAAAAGUCAUUUUUCAUCGCAACAUAAAACCACAAAACGUUCUUUUCCUGGAGACGGAGCUGUGCAAAUUGAGUGACUUUGGGACGUCGAAACGUCUAUUGAAACUUUCCAACACUUCCCAACCAGGGGGAAACGCCCCGUACAUGGACCCUGAAACUGCACGUGGGAAGGCAGAGAAGGCAUCUGAUAUAUGGAGUUUUGGUAUUAUGAUGGCGCAGAUCUUAAAACAGUGGUCUGCCCUGGCCCAACAUGGAGGAAAUGGCACGUUAGGCCUUCUGCUACAAUGUAGGAGGGUAUGA